AUGACACAAACGACCGCCAUUCAACAGCCAUUACUCGAAACCAUGCAACCUUGCAUUCGUGCCGACACCCACUCUCAUCAAGAGUUGACAUCAGCGCGCGAUUCACUGUCAUCACCGUUCUUGCCUGACCCAACUGAGAAAUUAAAGCUCGACGCUCUCGUGGAACGUUUCGAGAUGCAAGGCACACAGCCAUCCACCUUCCAGACACUCGAAGAAGAGCUUAUUACAUGCAUCCAAAAUCACAGUGCAGCGUUUAAAUCCAACGCCGAUCAUCUUGCCUGGAUUCGACGACAAGUUGAAGAUGGUGAUUUUUGGGCUUGUGCCAUCAAUGACAUGCCAACCACAGCUACCAAGCUUCCUCACAUUUUGAUCAGCAAGAUCGUCCAUGGCAACGGUAUCCCAGCCAUCAUUCGAGGUGUGGUAUGGCAAGCAUUGUGCCAAACAUCUUCCGAGAUGGUGUCCAUCUAUGAUCAGCUGCGUAUGACUCCUUCGCCUUACGAGAACAUAAUUCGACGCAUGCACUCGGAUGAUGUUGCUAUGCAACGAUUGCUUCAUGCCUACAGCGUAUAUCAACCCGACAUUGGAUACAAUGAAAGCUUGGCUUCAUUAACAAAGCCAUUGUUGAUGACCAUGUCCGAGAAGGAAGCCUUUAGUGUCCUUAUCAGGCUCAUGGAAAGUUAUGACAUCCAACGCAUGAUGACGCUCAAUAUGGAAGGACUUGAAUUACGCCUACAUCAAUUUGCAAUGCUACUUGAUCAACAAUGUCCAGAGCUUGCCGAUCAUCUUGCAAAGCACGAUCUUGAUCCCACCAUGUAUGCCUCCCAGUGGUACCUUUCCCUUUUCAGCAACGUGCUACCGACAGACCUCGUGCUACGCAUCUACGAUCUUGUUUUUGCAUUUGGUGCAGUCGAAACAACAACACGUGUGGCCAUUGCAUUGAUGAAAAAGAAUGAAAAGCACCUGAUGGCAUUGGAUGAUUUUGAAAGCCUCUUGAGACAUUUGAAGCACCAUUUGUUACCGAUCACAGUGGACGACGUGGUUGCACUAAGCAACGAGAUUACUCCAGCUAAACUCAACGCUAUCGCCCAUGCUCGCCAACAACAAUUUUCUAAUGAACUUGUCAACACCACAUUGCCGAUCCUACAAGCACGCAUGUUUGGUGCUCCUGUUAGUCAACAACAAGUUCAAGCACUUUCAUCCGCUCUUCAGCAACUCCACCAUGAACAUACACAGCUCGCUCAAGCCGUUGAAUCGGCACGUGCAGUGGAUCAUACCACGUCAUGGUUAAAGCAACGCAACGCCGAACUUGAAUCACGUGCUGCUCGCUAUGAGAAAAAGUUGGCUGCUGCUGCUGAAAACGAUGAUGCAUUGACAGAUGAUGAGGAUGAAGAAUUACGUGAACUGCUGACGAUGAAGAUGGCCAAUUUUGAUUUGGGCGAAAAGUGUCAUGACUUGGAGACACAGUAUCACACGUUAUUGCAUAGUGUGCAUGAAUCGGAGCAAGAGCACGCGACAUUGUCAGCCAAGAUUGAUGAGCUACAAGCAACCGUGGACCAUAUGCGUCAAGAAAAGGAGCACCUUGUAGAAGAACAACGUGAGAUCCUGGAUGAAAAGACUGUCACAGAGCAACAAAUGCAACAAGCCAAGCAAUCCUCAUCAGCAUCCCAAAUGGAUAAGUUGGCUUUGGUGAAGCAAGUUGCCAACCUUGAGAAACAAGUCGAAAAGCUUGAACAAGAAAAACGGGAUUACACCAUGCCACGCGGUUCAUUUGCCGAAGAAGUGUUUGCAGCUCAUGAAACGCUAUUUGGAAACAAGCCCGAUCCCGCUGCUUUGGAUGCUGGCAACACCAGUGAUGAUGAAUACCAACAACGCUAUGCUGAAAGUGAACAACGUUGCCGUGAACUUGAAAAGAUGCUGGCCGAAACCAAGUUAAAGUUGGGUGAACAUGAACGACAACAAAAGCGACGUUCAUCAAAGCGUUAUUCGAAUGGUGUUCCCAUGUCACCUUCGUUGUAUUAUGAUUCGAGUCGACCCUCUACAGAUAGUAUGGCCUCUUAUGGAUCUAAACGCUCAAGUAUCUAUUCCCGCAUUUGGAGUACCAUUGGGUCGACAGCAGCCACAUCGCCGGCAUCGAGUGUGGCGUGUAAGAGUCCUGUUUUGACAUCAGCAAGACCCAUUGAUUUGGUGGAAGAGCCUGAAGAAAUUAUAUAA